AUGGAAGCGGCCGCCCACCGUUGGUCUGGACUGCCGGAUGAUCAGCUUGAAAUGCGGGCGGCUCCAUCUGCUGAACUCCCACCAGGGUUGAUGGCGCAUGAGGUUUCCGGGACCACCUUCUACCUCCCCCAGCGGUUCCAUCCACUGCGAGCUCUCGGAAAAGGUACCUAUGGCGCUGUAGCUGCAUUUCGGGAUGAAACUGGACAGGAGGUCGCCAUCAAGAAGAUCCCCAACUCGUGGCAAAACACCACGGAGGCCAAGCGGUGUUUGCGAGAGAUCAAGUUGCUGAAAAUGUUGGAUCAUGAGAACGUGAUCGAACUGUUUCAGGUUCUUGAGCCUCCCUGCACGGUCUUCAACGAGGUAUAUCUCGUGACGGAGCUCUGUGACGCAGACCUACAUACAGUCAUCAAUUCAGACACGCCUUUGAGCGAAGAUCACGUACAAUUCUUUGCCUAUCACAUCCUCAGAGCGCUUCUGUAUUUGCAUUCGGCGAAUGUUGUGCACAGAGACUUGAAGCCAAUGAAUGUGUUAGUCAUGAAGAAUUGCGAUAUCAAGCUAUGUGACUUUGGCCUCGCGCGAGGCCGCGCCGGCUUUGACCGUGAGGACGACGAAUGGCUUCGCACGGAGUAUGUGGGGACUCGUUGGUACCGCGCGCCUGAGGUGGUGCUCACUUCCUCCGAAUACACUGCGGCCAUCGAUAUGUGGAGUGCAGGCUGCAUCUUGGGAGAGCUCAUGGGCAGAAAAGUCAUGUUCAAGGGCAACGACUUCAUAGACCAGAUCCACACAAUUUGUUCGAUUCUGGGCACUCCAGAGGCCUCAGAGCUCUCAUUCAUUCCAGAAGAGAAUUCUGCAGCCAGAAAUUUUAUCCAAAAUCGUUUUGGCUACAUGCCUCCUCAGGAUUUGAGAAUGCUGUAUCCCGACGCAUCUGAAAGUCAAUGUGACUUGCUGGAACAGCUGGUCCGAUUUGAUCCCAACCAGCGGCCCAGUGCUUUUCAAGCCCUUCGGCAUCCUUACUUGGAUGAUCUUCAUGAUGAAGAUGAUGAGCCAGUUGCCGAAGGUCAUGUUGACUGGAGUUUCGAUGAAGAAACGGGACCUGAUGGAUUGCAGCGAAAGAUAUAUCGAGAAGCAGCAACUGAGGAAGUCCUGGCUCGUGACCGGGAGGAAUUGGAAGCCAAGGGCUGGCCGCUGAGAUUAGAGGCUGUGCGCUUGCAGCAAGAAAGUUGCCGGAGCAUCAAGGAAUGCGAAGGACUAGGAUGCAAAUCCACAAGCAGCUUGAUGCCUCUGGAAAUCUUGAAGUGGCUACGCGGCUACGUUAUCUCUCCCAAAGAAG